CUGUGAUUGAUUUGACAUAUCCAAUCACGUUGUGUCAAUAGAACUGAAGUGAUAGACAAUGUUUUGUUAAUUUUUCGGCAUAGUUAAAAUUGAAAUAUACUCAUGAUGAUUGAUCACAUCGAACCUACAUUCAAAUCGAAUUGAAAUUUCGUUUUAUAAUAAGUAAUAAUACCAUGGGAAUACUAACAAGUGCAUAAAUAAUUUGAAACUCCACUAGUUUAAAGCAUUUAUUGAAUACCUUACUGAUAUUAUCUAAUAUCAAAACUGCCAAAAAUGGUCAAGUUUUUCCAACAAACUACCACUUUCAAUUAUAGCUGGGAUCAGGUUGCCCAAGGAUUUUGGAGGAGAUAUCCUAAUCCAAACAGUAAACACGUUCUAACUGAAGAUACUGUUGAACGAAAUAUCACUUCUGAUGGACAACUAGUCACUAAACGACUGUUGAGUAAGACGAAUUCCAUUCCAAAAUGGGCUGAGAGAUUUGUACAAAAAGCCCAAGUCAAUAUUAUAGAAGAGUCAAUUGUUGAUCCCAAAACUAAAACAUUGACCACCUUUACAAGAAACUUGGGAUACACUAAAGUUUUGUCAGUUACAGAAAAGGUAGUCUACAAAGAAAGCCCUGAAAAUCCAGGAAAAACUAUGGUUCAGAGAACUGCUGUAUUCGAUUCUCAAGUAAGGGGAUUCAGUAGAGCAAUCUGUGCAUUUGGAUAUGAAAGAUUCAAGAAAAACUGUAGUAAAAUGGUUGGUGGAUUUGAAUAUGUCCUAUCUGGCAUGUUUCCUAAUAACAAUGGUCCAGUUAUAACAACGACAACAGUAACAUCGAAACUAAAAGAUGCAGCAAAAAAUGCUUCAGAACUAGCAAAAGCCAAAGCAGCAGCAAAAGUGCCAAUUUAUGUGAAACUGCACUGAAAUAUUUGUUAUUAAUAAAAUGGCAACAUUGAAUGGAUGAUUUAAGCAUAAAAAGAUUUUAUUGUUGUAUAGUAUUUUUGGAAUUUAUGGUUCAAAAAAUUCGAGCUAGAAUUUUUCUUGAUUUUAAUUGUGGGUAUACUAAAGAGAUAGAAAAGGCAUUUGAAAAAUGUUUAAUGUUGAACUGAAAUUAAUUGGAUAUUGCAUUUUAUUGGUACAACUAGAGGUUUCUUGUAUAGACAGAAAUACUUGUUACCUUUUUGAAGUCAGUAAUAUGUAAUAAUUGAUUUUGAUCAAUGAAUGGUAAUAUAGCAGUGCAAUUGACCAUAGAAAAUUUCAUUAAAAUAAACUAGUAUUUCCACACUA